AAAUUCGGUGAUGUUAAGUUGAAGACGAGCAUUACAAUGUAUUGUAGUGCGAUAGAUAUGUUUGAACUAUGCACUACAGUUGAUGUCUACCUCAAAGACAUUUCAGCUCUUCCUGAUGGUGAAAUUUGCAGGGGAUUUACUCGAAUGGCUAUGAAAAUCCAAAAGAAAAUUUCUGAAUGUACACUUCAUGAGAUUCAAAAGCAAAAGGAAGCAAUCGCAGAGAAUGCCUCCGUUCACUCCUAUGGCGUGUAUAUUGAGAGCGUCGCUGAAAGUUCAGUUCUGGUGCAGUUGCGGGUUCAUCCUGACUGUGCAGAAAUGGUUUUGGCUGCCGUUACACCUGACUUCACAUACCUGUAUAACGAUACUGUUCAGAAAAUCCAAGAUAACGCCACAGGAGUGACAGAAGAGGAUGAUGAUCAGACUGGA